AGAGAGAAACUCUCUACAGCAACAGGACACUCGCACUCGCUGACAAACGCUGACUCAUCUGAACACCUCUCGGAGAUCUAAGAAGCAUCCGCACCGCACCGUGGACGAAAUUCAAUUAGGCCGGCAGAUUAUUAGUCUACAGUUUACAGCAGUCUAGCCUAUAGGAACGCCGCUCUUGGAAUAAAGCCAGAAAAACUCGAGUCGAGGCAACAACAAAAAACCCAGCCGAACAAAACAAAAACAAAAUGAAGUGUUUGACUACCAUCGCCGCCGUCACAGUGCUGCUCUCCUGCAUUUGCAUAUUAAACAGCGCUGCUGUUCCUUUCUCUGAGGUGCAGCCCAGAAACAUGGAAGCACCUGAAACUGAAAUGCAGGACCUUCCAAUGGCAUCAGCAGCAGACAUCACAUCAGACACCACACACCCUCUGGCCGAGCUGAUCAGGACAAGGCGUCACCUCGCCAGUCACCUGUCUAUGUGCCGCUAUUGCUGCAACUGCUGCCAUAAUAAAGGCUGUGGAUACUGCUGCCGCUUCUAAGACCCAUCACCGGCUCUCUCCGCUCCCGCCGGCAGGGUUGCCAGAUGAGGCUGAUGAUUUCCAGCCCAAAAAAUGCUCAAAACCCGCCUAGAAGCACAAAAUCCCGCCCAAUUCUAUUGAUUUCUAUGGCAAAAAUUGGGCGGGUUUUUCUGCUAAAUGCCAUUUUUACCCGCACACGGCCAUCCUAUAGGAUUGAAAUGCUUAUAAGCAGCCCAACUGGGUGGGAAACAGCCCAAUCUGGCAACACUGACCGCCGGGCAGGGAAGGACCAUGCUGGUUCACUAACUUAUUGACGCGCCUUCUUUCAAAUUCAGCUGGAGGAAUUCGGAGACUGUGGUCCACUGUGACACAGCUGAGCCUCGCUUGCUGGAUCUUAUAUUGCCUUUUUUAAUGGCUGUCUCUUCCAUUCAAAUUCCGCCCUGGAGUCUUGCCUAACCAUGUGUGUUCAAAGGGCUUCACAAGGGAACUCUACCAAAACCGACUUAAAUGUAUUUUCUUACAGCACUUUUAUGAAACAUUAUGUUGCUUGCCAGUACCAGUCUAAUGGUGUCAACAGGAUUCUGUUCUCCACUGCUGAAUGUUUUGUACUAUUUAAAGUCUUUUUGUAUAUUUCUUGUAUAUUCAGUGUUUUUUUUUUCUUUUUUUCCUUAUUCUUUCUCACUUGGUAGUUUUUUCAUUCGUGUCUAAAUUAUAGAAAUGUUUGUCGUUUCCUAAUAAACGUGAUACAGAAAAAAAUA